AUGCCAGCGCCCUUGUUCACGCCGUUCCGGAGACUUCCACCCGAGCUGCGGCUCAAGAUAUGGAAGCACGCGCUGGCAAUCGCGACGGCUGGCAGAAUGAUCCGAGUCGCCGUCUGCCACGAACUCCAGGUGAUGAUGCACGCUUGCGUCACGGGGGACGGACAAUUCUGCGGCAAUCACGGCCACUGCCCGAGAUACGUGCAAGGGGCAUCACUUGACUGCUCCAACUGCAUGGCCGACGGCUACUUUUGCUCCCACGACGCGUUCCCCGAGCCCGAGGACCCAGCGUCGCGCGAGGCGCUGCAAAGCCUCUGCCUCGCAUGCCGCGAAUCUAGGGGCGUCGUGACUUCAUCGCCUUACGCCCGGCAGCUGCGCGUAUAUCGCAGGUGUUGGCAUCCAGAAGUCCAGUCGAAGCUCGUGCGCUCCGAUCCUGCAAGCGACACACUCCUGGUCCUCGACGUGCCUGACAUGAGCCGCGGCCACCGACCUGCGACGCCAUCGGACGAGAGCCUUGCACGAGAGGCGACUCCGUCUCAGCCAAAGGAUUUUCCUGGGGACCAAUACCUGUUUCGGCGGUUUCGCGACGCCCUGUCGUCCUUUGAGCGUGUCGCGUUCCGCUACGAAGGGCUGCAGCGGACCGAUAGACGGAACGAGUUCGUAACGACACCCGACUUCGCGGGCUUGCUGUUCUUCCUUGACUCUAUGAAAGCACUGUACGCCUGGCCCGAUCCAAGGUUCUGGGCCGAUGUCAUCGCGAACGCCACCGUGGAUGAUGUUGGGAGCCUUGCGCCGCCAGAGGAAGCCGAGGAAGCUCCAGCCGUCUCCUUUUUGGCCCAACAGGUCGAGGACCUCAUAGGCGACUACAGAGGCUAG